GCCGGAAAAGGCGUGUCUUAGUGCUGGUAUCUUGACAGGUCCGGUCCGAGUGGCUCAGCUGCUCCGCAUCGUUCCACAGAUGUGAGUGACUGCAGCUUCACGGACCCUCCAUCCCUCCCGAGUCUCCGAACUCUGGCGGUCGUUCAGGAUGGCUCAGAGGGGAGCUGAGCCCGAGGUCAGAAACGGCGCCGCUCUGGUCACGUUCUACGGAGAAUUCACGCUCAUUAAUAACCGAAAAGUCCGGUGCUCCGUGAACCUGACAGAGGAGGACCUCAUUGUUCAGAGGCUCACCUCUGCACCUGUCGGGCGGACCAAGGUGGUUCUGAGUCUGAAGGACUGCGUCGGCUGCCGGGCUUAUCCCGGAGACGACAAGGCGAACCGGUGCGCGUACUUUGCAGCCUACUUCUACCCGCUGAGACGCCGCUGGAUGUCUCCCGGAAAGUUGCGGCAGAGAGUGGAGCAGUGCUUUCGGCUCUCGGCACACCAGGAUCCGCGCGCUGACCUGGAGGAGGCAGAGAAGUGGGCUCGCGCCGUUCUAGAACGCUCUGCCCGGCAACAAGCCCCUAGAGACGGCAUGUUGCUGAGAAGCUGGUCCCAUCCGGACCGGACAAUGAUGCUGCUGGUAAACCCCCAGAGCGGGAAAGGACAGGCGCUAACCUUUUAUUACAACCACGUCCAGCGAAUGCUCAACGAAGCUGGUAUCGCACACACUCUAAUUAUCACAGAGAAGCAGGGUCACGCCCGAGAGAUAGUGAGGGAAGCUGACCUUACACAGUUGGACGCUUUGGUCAUCUUGUCGGGAGAUGGACUCCUGUUUGAGGUGAUUAAUGGACUGGUGGAGCGUCCAGACUGGGAGGAGGCCAUCCAAAAACCACUGGGUAUCCUUCCUGGUGGGUCUGGGAACGCCCUGGCUGCUUCUCUACUUUACUACUCUGGAGCUCCUCCGGUGUCCGGUGAGGACCUUCUGGUGAGCUGUGGCUUCCUGCUCUGUAAAGGGUCCGUGUCCCACAUGGACCUGGUCUCCAUCCAGCUGUCCUCUGGCCCUCGUCUCUUCUCCUUCCUGUCCCUGGCCUGGGGCUUUGUGGCCGACGUCGACGUGGAGAGUGAGAAGUACCGUCACAUGGGAGCUGCUCGCUUCACCAUCGGCACGCUGGUGAGGCUGGCUUCACUCCGGGUCUACAAGGGUAAGCUGGCUUACCUGCCUGCCUCCGGAGAGGAGGGGGACUUGGAAAACUCUACGCCUUCUCAAAGAGCCACGGAGGCCCCGCGUGGUCCUCCUGACUCCUUGCUGCCUCCUCUGGAUCAGCCGCUGCCAGGGAACUGGGUAGUGGUUCCUGAGGAGGACUUUGUCCUCAUGCUGGCCAUGUAUCAGUCUCACCUGGCAGAGGACCUGCUGGCGGCGCCGGAAUCCCGACUGGACGACGGCAUCAUCCAUCUCUUCUACGUCACAGCCGGGAUAUCUCGCACCGCUCUGCUCAGACUCUUUCUAGCUAUGGAGAAGGGGACACAUCUGGCCUCUAACUGCCAACAUCUGGUGCACACCAAGGUGCGAGCCCUCAGACUGGAGCCAAAUACUGGCCUCAAAGGGAAAAUAACAGUGGACGGGGAGGUGGUGCAGUACGGCCCGGUGCAGGCGGAGGUGCACCGAGGCCUGUCCAGGGUGAUCAGUGGGUGAAACGAAGCUUUCAUCUCUGCUGUUUGAAGCUUUUCAGAUCAGAAACACGCCGGUGGCGAAGCUGGACUCGUUUAUCCGUCAUGGUGUCAGAGGAACCGUGUUUCUCCUGAACUCACUGUGAGGUCUGGACUCACAGCAGGAACAUUAAAUCAUCUCAUUAGAACAUCAGUCAUGAUGCUUUACACACUGGCUUUCUGUAGCUUUAACCACCAUGAGGUUGUUUAAGGUCACAACCUCAGGGCUCACGCUCCUCCAGGAGAUCCGUAAGCCUCCAGAGCAGGCCCACCGCUCCUGAGACCCUCAGAGGACAUUUUAUUCUCCUCAGACCUCUUUUUAUUAUUUAGAGAUGUUUGAUUUUGAUUUAUAAUAAUAAAUUUUUUUUUUUUUUUUUGGUAUUUAUUUUAGAAAAUUUGAAAAAAAAAAUUCACGUCCUAGAAAAAAAAAGUCACACCAAAAUAAAUCUGGGUCUCAGGAGGCAAAAUAAAUAAAUAAAUAACCAAAAACAAAGAUUUUUGUUUUCAUGGAACAAAAUGAAUCCAGCAUAGAGUCGACGUCUACCCACACAGCUCCUCUGUGGUUCAAAUCAUGAACGCAAACAGCUUUAUUGUUAACAACACACACACACACACACACACACACACUCGAAACAGCUUUACGGGGUGACAGAAGGGUGUGUUUUGGACACAAAGAGCCCGAAAGAGUAAAAUCUUUUUUUAGAUCAUCAGAAGAUCUGCUUCAACCCAUCAGUGGGAGUUUUGGUCGUGUUCUGUUUCACGGAGAGGUCCACAGAUUGGAUCAGGGCCGUAGUGAUAGGGUUAGGGUCAUGAUGUGCAACACUUAACCAUUCUUCUCAUUCUAUAACGCUUUCUGGUUCCUCGGUGAGAAAUUCGGAUAUUAGCUCUCAUCUGGGGUCGUAAAGGUUCAUAUCCUGCGGCGCUGGUUCUGAUGGUUGAACAAAUGAGCCCUUUCCCUGACUUUGUCAGAACAUGCUGUCACCAUGACCGACUUCAAACAGUUAAACCACACACACACACACACACACCUACCUGUGUUUAUGUUUUUGUGGACCUCCAUUGAAUUCCAUUCAUCUAAUAACUCCCCUAAGCCGAACCCAUACCCUAACCUAAACUCCACGUGAAUUCCGACCACUUCUCUAUAACCAAGUAUUCGGGUACUUUGCAUUGUGGACUGGCACGAUGUCCCCACAGUGUAAAAAUGUCCACGCGUCACGGGUUAAAGUAAAAAUUUGUCCAUUUAAACAUAUGAAGACACACACACACACACACACACACACGGCUGAACAGUUCAGGCCAUUAUGGUCGAUGAUGUCUUUUAAUCUGUCAGGGCCCUUCUCCAUGGAUGUCCUACCCGUUACCUGAAAAUGUCAACAAGAAUUGAUCCACUGUUACAGGCUGAGAGUGUGUGUGAUGCUAAACCAGCAGAAGCAACUGGGCUCUAGAAGAUCUGAGGUGGAUCUUCUCGCUCAACCAGUCGCUGCAGCUACUGAUCAGCUAAAUGAUGAGUUGUUUAGCGAUUUAGUUAUUUUCUGGUCUCCACGUGCUUCAUCUCUGUAUCCAGAAUUCUGCUUCCUGUGUUCCAGCCCAUGUUUGUGUCACACACACACACACACACACACACACACACACACACACACACACACACACACACACACACACACACACACACACACACACACACACACACACACACACACACACACACAUCGAUCUCCAUCACCACGGUGUCCUUAACGUCGAGCUUCAGAAGGACGACUGGUGCUUUUAGCUGUUUAUGAGAUCAGAUGAAACAAAGAGGUUGAGACCAUGUGAGCAGCAAUGGGAGGGGGGAGGGGCUUAAACUGGUUAGAAUGGGUGGUAAGUGUAGGGAGGAGGGGGAGAUAUUGAUGUGCUAAAUGCUGCAUGAGGAGGUAGAGAUGUGCCCCUUCCUCCUCUACACAUGAAGUCUGGGGAACAUUAACAAACGGGUCAGAACCAAACUCAAAGUGCCGGCAGCUACGGAGCACCACCACACUCGUAAAACCCGCUGCAAAUGCUUCUGACUGUCUGGAUUUUCAUAAGUGGUCCGGUUUGAACUCCUGAAGGUGUAAUUGUGUCGUUUAGCUGAUAUCUGAAGCAGAAAAGUACAGACCCGCUUUGGACUAGACUGGUCUGUAGUACGAAUCCCUGACCAACACCCUGUCUGAAGAUCUCAUGAUGUUCCAACUGAAACUGAGCUCAUCUGCUUCAGAACCAGCAGAUGUUUGAAAAUGAAAUCUAGCUGAGAUUAUUCUGGUUGGUGUGUGUGUGUGUGUGUGUGUGUGUGUGUGUGUGUGUGUGUGUGUGUGUUCGUUCUAAUGUGCCUUGAAUCUGCUACCUCCUGCUGGCCACAACAAGCCACUACAGCUGCUUCUGGAUGAAUGACCACUGUUGAAUCUUCCAUCAGGACGCGAAGGCGUCCGUGUUUUGUGUUCAAAGGAAACGAUUCAGUCAUUCAGUCCAGUUCAGACUCAGUGGUCUUGUGUGCUUUAUUGAAUUGUUUUGUGAUUUUUGCAACACUGACUACUGAAUGAAUCAUUUUUAUCCAGAGGGAUCUAUUUUCUGAUCGAGACAAAUGUCUGUAACUUUUCUAUGACUGAUUAAAACGCUCUGCUAGUGUGUUUGAAUCGAAUAAACAAACAAGAACCUG